AUGGAGGCUCACGAUCUGUUUCGGCGCUUAGGUGCCGGUGCUCGCUUCGAUGUCCGGCGAUUCGGGGAAGAUGCGAGGCGAUUCGGGGUGAUAAAAGGGAGCGUGGGCAGCGUCUCGCUGGAGAGCCUCGACUUCUUCGGCCGCAAGGAGGAAGCCCCUUUGGGGUCCGGCGAGGAGGGCUGGGGGCUCGAAGGGGCUGGAGAGCAGCAGGAGCAGGAUGGAGUGCGGAAAAACAAGGGAGAGGUGGCGGGAAAGAGAAAAAGAACUGCAGAAAGCAAUGAAGGAAAAAGAAAAAAGAAGAAGACAGGAGAAGCAGCACCAAUGCCAGAGCUGUCAGAAAGCAAUGGAAUAAAGUGGAUGUCCUCUCUGGAAGCAAAAUUUGAAGAUCCAAAAGACAAAAAGCCAACCGCAGAAAAACUGGAACGCUUGAGGAGAGAAAAGAUAAACCGCUUCAGAAAUAAGCACAGAAUCAGUGUGCAGGGGACAGAUCUUCCUGACCCCAUUGCCACCUUUGAUCAGCUUCAAAAGGAAUACAACGUCCACCCUAAAAUCAUGGAGAACAUCCAAGCUGCUGGUUUCCAGGUCCCAACACCAAUCCAGAUGCAGGCUAUUCCUGUCAUGCUCCAUGGUCGGGAACUUCUAGCUUCAGCUCCUACUGGGUCUGGAAAAACUCUUGCAUUUUGUAUUCCUCUCUUAACUCAUCUGAAACAACCCAGGAACAAAGGAUUCAGAGCUCUGAUCAUAUCACCCACCCGAGAGCUUGCUAGCCAGACACACAGGGAGCUGGUGAAGCUGGCUGAGGGGACUGGCUUCAGGAUACACAUGAUCCACAAGGCAGCUGCAGCAGCAAAGAAGUUUGGGCCCAAGUCUUCUAAGAAAUUUGACAUUCUAGUGACUACUCCCAACAGACUCAUCUAUUUGCUGAAACAAGAUCCUCCAGCAGUGGAUUUGUCCAGUGUGGAGUGGCUGGUGGUGGAUGAGUCAGACAAACUGUUUGAAGAUGGGAAGUCAGGGUUCCGAGACCAGCUGGCCUCCAUCUUCCUGGCCUGCACAUCCCCUCUGGUGAGAAGAGCCCUGUUCAGUGCCACCUUUGCCCAUGAUGUAGAGGAAUGGUGUAAACUCAACCUCGACAGCCUUGUUCUGGUGUCUGUUGGAGCAAGAAACUCUGCAGCAGAGACAGUGGAACAAGAGCUGUUGUUUGUUGGAUCUGAGACAGGAAAGCUAACAGCUAUGAGAGAGCUUGUCAAAAAGGGUUUUGCUCCUCCAGUCCUUGUUUUUGUCCAGUCUAUUGAGAGGGCUAAAGAGCUUUUCCAUGAACUGAUUUAUGAAGGCAUCAAUGUGGAUGUCAUCCAUGCAGACAAAACCCAGCAACAGAGAGAUAAGGUGGUGCACAGCUUCAGAGCUGGGAAGAUCUGGGUGCUUAUCUGCUCAGCCUUGCUAGCUCGAGGGAUUGACUUCAAAGGAGUGAAUAUGGUCAUCAAUUACGAUUUGCCAACAAGUGCAGUGGAAUACAUCCACAGGAUAGGUCGCACAGGGAGGGCAGGGCACCGGGGCAGAGCAGUCACCUUCUUCACAGAGGAUGAUAAACCUUUGCUGCGGAGCAUAGCCAACGUGAUUCAGCGAGCUGGCUGUCCUGUGCCAGACUACAUCAAGCACCUGCCAAGGCUGCAAAGCAAACAAAAGAAGAAGUUCAUUAAGAAACCACUGACGAGAGAAUCCAUCUGUACCACCCCUCAGUGCUUCUUGAAAAAGGGCAAAAGAAAAAUGAAAACUGCAAAGGAAAAUAUUAAGGAAAAAAAGAAAGUUAAAGAAGGUAAAAAUGGCAAUAAAUCAGAGACUGCUUCACAAAGCUGAACAGCAACAGGCUGCUCUG